UUCUUGUAAAAAGCUAUAACAUAUUGUAAAGCAAAUGUACCAUUCUUUAUAAAGUCACCAGCUUAGCUCUGAUAUGGCUGUAGCUCUAUUUAUGAUGUCCUCUGCACAGAUCUACUCUGACAUUGACAUAUUAUUACUUAUUGGAAUGUCUGUCCUUCAGGUAGCACAGAGGGAGGAUGGUGAUCCUCAGAGGGAAGGAAAGGAAGUUGUUGAGGAAGAACCGGUGGCCACGCCCAAAGAGGAGGCCAAGAAGGGAAGGAAGGCAAAAAGGAAGAGGAGUGGCAAGAAGUCAAGGAAGCUGGGCACUGACAACGAUGCAGUCUCCAGGAAUAAACACCUGGAUAGAGGAUCUGUAAUUGAGCUCCUGGAGAAGAAAGCUGUUAAGGCUGCAUUCGGCCCAGGCAACAAGGAUGAGAUGGAAUACUCCUACCCAAUCCUCAUCUCAUUCCUGCGCAAUCUUACUGAUGAGCAGUGGCAAGUGAUCUACAAAGGACUAAAAAACCCUAUGACGAAGGAACAGCUUGCCAAAUUGUGCAAGACAAUUGUAACCUUCAUCGCACAGACCACCCUGCAGAUCCUGCUGCCAGCCCUGGCCCGCGUACUUGGGGUAAAGGACUUUGCUGACGACGACACUGACUCACCCAAGAGGGGUGGCAGUGCAAGAUCCUUUGCUGCCUUUGAUCAGGAAAGACUGGAGCUCAUCCAGGAAGUUAGAUAUCUGGCGAAGAAAAUGUAUAAGGGCGGCACAGGGGCUCAACAUCUCAGGUCCCUAACACCCUCUUCUAAGAGCUUUUACCUUCGACAUCAACAAGCGACGCACGGGCUGGUCCUGCAGACUCCCACGCCCAUGGCCCAGGAGAACGCUGGGGGCCACCUGCUCACUCACGUCCCAGCCAUCUCCUUUGAGACCGACUCUACUGUGGAGUGCACCUCCAAGAGGACUCCGGAAGAGAGGGACCGGGUGAAGGUUAAACUGGCCAACAUGGCCUUGAUGGGAAGGAUCAAAAAGUCCUGGAUGUGAAAUGCCCAUUAUGUGUGAUUAUCGAAUUUAUAAUUUUCCACUUUUGAAACAACAAUGGGAAAGACAGGGUUUAUAGCAAAGGUUGCUCAGAUUGGGCUUUUGGAAAAAUUGGGAGAAUGAAAGUGCACUCCUGAUUCAGAGAGAAAGAUCCAUCUUAAUCAUCCAUACCAUUGUUUAAAUUACAAUAAAAAAACAUUCAAACUGUUCC